GAAUUUCGACUAUAUAUAUGAAUUAAGAAUUUUAAAUUUAAAUUAUCUUCAAAUGAUUUGCAAAGUGAAAUGAUUGGUGGAAAUUGCUUUGCUCACAUCAAUUAAUACUAUCGAAAAUUUGCACAACAAAAAUCCUUCAAUGAUAUAAGACCCACUAAUUAAAUUAGAUAAAAAGUGAAUACUCGAAAAAAAACCUUGAAGCAAUUCUGUAAAGAAGUAGAUUUACACUUUGAGUGACACAUCAAUCGAUUGAACAUUUCAAGCCAAAGAAAUGCGGUUGACAUGAAUUCAUCGAAAGAAUAGAAUAGCGUUGUUAGUGUCAUCACUCGUAAUAGUAUCCAUAUUUUCUGCGUUCACAAUUGUAAUCACCCAACCGUUACACUAGAUUGUAAUUAUGUAUCGAGUUAUUUUAUUCACUACCGUUGUUUUAAUGACAAUUCUAGAUGUCACAGAGGCAAUAAAGUGCUAUCGGUGUACAGUGACAUCGAGCCCUCGGGAAAACCGAACAGAACAAUUAUGCGCAAAAUUUAGCGAGAGUGAUGAAUUCACUGUGGAUUGUCCGUAUUCAACAAUGUGCAUGAAAAAAAUCUUCCGCUUACAAUUAGAAAAUGGAACUAACGUAGAAACAGUCAACCGCAACUGUGCAGAUCAAAAGAAAACCGAUCAGGUUUUCAAACAGGGAACAUGGCAAAAUGAAAUCACAAUUGAAGAACCAUACGCUGAAGGAUGUAUGAAUCAAACUAGUGAUACCGUUUAUUGCUAUUGUAGAGGUUCAAUGUGCAAUACAGCGCCAAAAGAUAGCCCCAGCUAUCACACAGAUGCCAUGGCCGUGAUUUUUGUAUUCAACGCCAUGAAAUAUUUACGAAGCAUCGACUGAUGGCCAACUAAAACUAUUUCCAUUCCAACCGAGCUUAGUUUUCUUUUUCUAUUACAUUGUUGCAAAAUGAGCUCAAUUUACUUAUAGGUUUGCAAAUAUUCGACAAUCAUACGGCGUUCAAAAUUAAAAUAUGCAUCACAUAAAACGCUUCUAAUGAAACUCUAAACCAAAAACGUGUUUAAUAACUUUUGACAAGCAUUUACAUUUAAACACUAUAAAAUACAAAUAGCACACCCAGUCUUAUGUUUGAAUGUAAAAAUGCGAAUAUAUCAAAGCGCUAUAUAGCGGAAAUAGAUUCAUUAAACAUAAGCAAAUAAUAUUACUUUUAGACAAAUUCAAUAUGUUUAAAUUAUUUUUUUCAUUUUAUCCUUUAGAGAAAAAAAAACGUGAAAUGAAAAAUAUUGUGAUACUAUUUUGAGUAAAUUAAGUGUUGGCUAAGAUACUUUUUGUAAAAUGAAUAUGUUAGCAAACAUUGUUUAUGAAUACAUUGAAUACAAGUAAAGAGAAAUUUUGACAAAUUUGUAGCCUUA